AGGCCCCGGGGGCUCGCGCGCCGCGGCGUCGGGGAAGCGGUGGCAGCCACCCUCCUCCCGCGGGCUGCUUCUUACGACUUUUCUUUUGUUGUUGCCGUGACCCGGGUCUGUUUUCUCGUCUGUUGUUUAAGGUGUUUUCCUGCUGCACCGGCUCUCCGCCCUCCUCCUCCUUCCCUGUGGUUUAACCUUCCUCUUUCCCCGUGUGUUUUAUGCACGGCCAACUACGUGGACAUUUGCAUUUCUUACCCCCCCCCCCCCCCACCCUCGCCCCCACCUCUUGGAAAAACAAAAACCCAACCCCACAAAACCUCUCUGGACCCCGCGGUAGCAAGACGUGAAGGGGUUGAUUUGUGGGGUGGGAGUCGCUGGCCCAUUGCGGUGCUUGGGACUCAUUAAACUGUCACUCACCCCCCACCCCACUGGGUAAAUGGGGUGAUUAAUGUCUGAUAUAUUGGAAUGGGGCGAGGGCAUUUGUGGAGUAGAGGCUGUGUGGCUGAGAAGGAAUUUAGCUGCGAAGGGUGCCUCCUGGCAUAGGCGUUCGUCAUUCUGUCAUUCCCCGCGAAGUUAGAGAAAGUUAGGUUUGUGACUUUGGCAGAGCGAGAAGGACGGGACCGAGACGUUGGGUUUUGUUACUCUUUAACUCUGCCGCGGUUUCCUAAUGGGAACGGAGUGCUGAUCACCAGGCAGGGCUGCGACACUUGCGCCUCAGGCCUGUUCUACUCCUCACCCUCCCGGGAGUCUGUGGAGAUGUAUUUGACAUUCACAGAUGUCGCAGCACCUUGCAGGGCACUGGUCGGCCCAGCCCGGGUUACCUUACGAUUUCAUCAGCCAUUAGUAAAGACCCACAAAGUCUAGCUAAAAAGUUCCCAAACUUACUCAGCCUGCUUCCCCCCCCCCCCCCACCUCCUUUCUGAAAGGUUUUCUUGUGAUCACGAAACAUUACAGAGUGACCCAAAAAGAGAUUGUUAUGGGACACAGAUCAAGGGGAAGACAAAGUUCUGCUUUUUCUGAGCCGGGAGGCGGAUCAGAUACGCAGGUGCAGCGUUCACGUUAAGUGGUGGUAGCAGGUUGUGACCGUUUAUUAAUUUGUCUCGUUGAACCGAAGUACUUUCCAGGAUUUCAGAAAGUGCAGUUUCACCACGUUGGUACCGAGACUUGAAAUUUGCAUGAACUGGCAGUGUGAGAAAUUGCGUUGAGAGGGUAGCUGGAGAUAAAUAGUUAAAUAAGAGGGGGAUAAGAAGGUGAACCAGGCUGGAGCAGUAGUUCUGAAUAGUCUUCCACCCUCCUGAGACACGUAUGCCAUGAUCUCGGCAGGGGGAAAAUAUGAAAGUGCCAUAAUAAUGUCGAAAUGGGACUGGAGAUGUCAAUUGGGCUGGUUUAAAAAUAUCCCUAAGCUGCCUUUGAAACUAAACGUUGGAGUUGAAUAAAAGUGAAUCUGGAUUUCCUGAAUAGCACCGCGGCUUGAGUGUGCUGUCAGUAUGUAAGCCAGUCCACCAACUUAAGACAGAAGUGUUGCUAUUCCAUAAAUACAGUAGAACUCCAUAUGCUGAGUUUUUCAAUUUCUUCUGUUAGAAAGUUUGGGGGAAAAAAAAGGGAGACUUUGAAGUAUUUUGUUUAUACUAACAGAAGAGAAAAGUUCUCCUAAGAAAAAGCUGGUGGCAGGAGUGUAGAGGAGUAGCAUAUGGCAUUAAAAGGAGCACAGCUGGAGGUAGCAUUUCCAUCUGAACAUGAUGUCAGAGCAGCUGACAGCCUGCCAUCCCUCAGCCUUUUAUUCUAACACACAGACAGGGAGUUAGUGUGUGCGGAUCUGUGGUGGAGAAGGUAUCUCGUUCCUCUCUAACAUCAUCUCCACUUUGCAUCUGUCUCUCUUAGUCUGCUUUUUUUCCACCGAUGUAACAGACCUGGAGCCAGCGAGACUCAGAGGAAAGGACUUAAUCAGGUUUAUGUGUCCUAAAGGUUAUGAAGACAGCAUGGAGUUCCCAGACCACAGUAGACAUUUGCUGCAGUGUCUGAGCGAGCAGAGGCACCAGGGCUUCCUUUGUGACUGCACCGUCCUGGUGGGAGAUGCCCAGUUCCGCGCGCACCGAGCUGUGCUGGCUUCGUGCAGCAUGUACUUCCACCUCUUUUACAAGGACCAGCUGGACAAAAGGGACAUUGUUCAUCUGAACAGCGACAUUGUUACAGCCCCGGCUUUCGCGCUCCUGCUUGAAUUCAUGUACGAAGGGAAACUCCAGUUCAAAGACUUGCCCAUUGAAGACGUGCUCGCAGCUGCCAGUUACCUCCACAUGUACGACAUCGUCAAAGUGUGCAAAAAGAAGCUGAAGGAGAAAGCCACCACCGAGGCGGACAGCACCAAGAAGGAGGAGGACGCCUCCAGCUGCUCGGACAAAGUCGAGAGCCUCUCGGACGGCAGCAGCCACAUGGCGGGCGACCUGCCCAGCGACGAGGACGACGGCGAGGACGACAAGCUGACCCUCCUGCCCGGCAAAAGGGACUUGGCGGCCGAGCCCGGCAACAUGUGGAUGCGCCUGCCCUCGGACUCGGCGGGCCUGCCCCCGGCCGGCGGGGACGCAGAGCCGCACGCCGCGGCAGCUGGAAAAACAGUGGCCAGCCCCUGCAGCUCCACAGAGUCUUUGUCCCAGAGGUCUGUCGCCUCCGUGAGGGAUUCGGCAGAUGUUGACUGUGUGCUGGACCUGUCUGUCAAGUCCAGCCUGUCAGGAGUUGAAAAUCUGAACAGCUCUUAUUUCUCUUCACAGGACGUGCUGAGAAGCAACCUGGUGCAGGUGAAGGUGGAGAAAGAGGCUCCGUGUGAGGAGGGCGAGGUGGGCGCUAAUGACUAUGACAUGGAGCAUAGCGCCGCGAAAGAGAGCGGGGGCGCUAACGCCCGCGGGCCGUACGAGCCGGCGCACCUGGCUCCGCUGCGGGAGGACUCGGUGUUGAGGGAGCUGGAGCGCGAGGACAAGGCCAGCGACGACGAGAUGCUGAGCCCGGAGCACGAGCGCGGCCCGGCCGAGGCGGCCGUGGACGGCGGCCUGCUGCCCUACGUGUCCAACAUCCUGAGCCCGGCCGGCCAGAUCUUCAUGUGCCCGCUGUGCAACAAGGUCUUCCCGAGCCCGCACAUCCUGCAGAUCCACCUGAGCACGCACUUCCGCGAGCAGGACGGGCUGCGCGGCAAGCCGGCCGCCGACGUCAACGUGCCCACCUGCUCGCUGUGCGGCAAGACUUUCUCGUGCAUGUACACGCUCAAGCGCCACGAGCGGACCCACUCGGGCGAGAAGCCCUACACGUGCACGCAGUGCGGCAAGAGCUUCCAGUACUCGCACAACCUGAGCCGCCACGCCGUGGUGCACACGCGCGAGAAGCCGCACGCCUGCAAGUGGUGCGAGCGCAGGUUCACGCAGUCGGGGGACCUGUACAGACACAUCCGCAAGUUCCACUGUGAGUUGGUGAACUCCUUGUCUGUCAAAAGCGAGGCCCUGAGCUUGCCCGCGGUCAGAGACUGGACCUUAGAAGAUAGCUCUCAAGAACUCUGGAAAUAAUUUUCUAUCUCUCUCUCUAUAUAAAUAAUAUAUAUAUCGACACGUACAUAUAUAUACAUAGAUCUCUAUCUAGUUGUGGUACGGUCUAAAAGCAGCCUUGUUUCCUGGAACUAAGACGUCGGGGUGUUGACUCGGUUUUGCACUUUAGAGUAGCAUGAGACUCUCGCUAAUUUAGCAUUCUGGUAAAAGAGACUCUGGAGCAAGUCGGAGACUAGAGAGGGCCUUUUCUUUCGAGGGGGCAGGGGGAGGAAGCCAAUAAGAACCUUUGAAACAGGUCGUCCUAUCACAAGAUGCUUUCACAGGGCUUCAUUUUGUCGACACUGCAUUGUCUUCUGAGCUCUCGCUCUCGCGCUCUCUCUCUCUCUCUCUCUCUCUCUCUCUCUCUCUUUUUCCACUUUGUUUUUGUUUUGUUUUGUUUUGUUUCGGAGUAGAGAUCCCCUCCAGUUUAUUAGCCUCUCUAUAUGUCACAAAUUGCAUGAAUCUUUUCUGGCUGUUGGAAACCUGAAUGCUUUUAGACCCAAAUGGGAGAUUUCUGAGAUGCUGGAUUAUCUAUUUUUAAACAAGCAGUUGACUUAAAACUUUCUGUGGCAACUUCUGGUUUCCUGACGGUUCCCAAUGAGAGAAAUGCGGAAAGUACACUGGGCUCACUGGGACGCUGUCUUUGUGAAGGUUUGCUUGGGAUGGAAAAGGAUACUGCAGCUCCAGCAGUGUUGAACUGUGUGUUGAAAAAUGUGAAUUACUGUUCUUGUAUACUGUAAUUGAUUACACGGGCUGGGGGGGGUGUCAAAGAACUUGACAGGUUGUGUUGAUGCUCUUAGUUGAGUCUUGAAAGUAAAUAUUAACGCUACAGAAAUGCAUGAGUUUCAAUAUAUUUUUGUCUUUGUUUGCAUUGUAUAACUUUAACGAGUGAGUUUAAAAUUAUUUAAUUUCCUUAGAAAAACAAAAUAGCACCGUUUGGGGAAAAAAAAACCUGGUGUUAUGAAGAACGUAAAUGCACUGUUUUUAUUUUUAUUUUAUAUAAUUUAAAUUGACUUUCCCACUGUCUUUAAGUUGAAACUGUUAAGCUGAAUAAAAACUUAAGCUGCAAAUUGAUAACUUCGCUACAUAACAAGGAAAAUAUAAAUGUUUACAAACGGCUUAAAGAUUUGCAUGUGCAGUGUGCAUUUGUAACAGACUUCUGAUUGCACAGAACCCAUGCCAGCUCAAAGUUUAGGGGUACACAUUUACCCAGUGGAGCAUUUUUAGAAUAACUACUGCACAAAUUGACAAUAGGUCAUUCUCUCUUUUUUUUAUUUUUGUUUUUGGGGUUUUUUUUUUUUUUUUUGGCUCCCCUUUCUUUUUCUCCCCUUCUUCCUUAACCCUCCCUCCCUCCCCUCCUUCAUCAUCCCCCCACCCCAACACCCACCCCCACCCCCCACCCCAACUCAUGAAAAGAUUCUAUGGACUGAAAAAGCCCCGGGCUGAAAGGACUGGCCUGCCUUGAUUGACGUGGGGAAGGUGGGGAAGGGGGUUAGUAGACUAUGUGUAUCACGCAGCACAGGCUGCAGCCCGACGUGUGGUUUUUAAUGACCAGCGCGCAGGGCAAAAGCAUUUUGCACAGUGUUUGUUUUCCUGUCUUGCACUUACAAAUAAGGUCUAUGGGAGUAGCAUGGAAAACGUUUGCUGUUUUUCCCUUUUUUUUUUUUUUAAUUGCUUUUGUUUAAAAUUUGAUCGCCUUAACUACUGUAAACAUAGCCUAUUUUUGUGCUUAAGAUACUGAAUGGAAAACUCCAUUGUGUGUUGCUGGACUGUUUGGAAUAUUUGGUCAAAUGUGUGUAAUUUGGCUGUAAUGGCAUUUAAAGCAAACAAACAAACAAAAAAAGCUGUGAAAAUGGCCUUGGAGCAUUAUCUUUAGUUACUUGAAGAGUUUCUAGUUUGUUUUGUUUUUUUUUUUUUUAAAUACAGUUUAUGUUAAAAUAAUUUUUAUUAAUUUAGAGGAGACAAUCAAUGUCUGAGAAAACGGACUUUCUUUUGGAUUUUCUUUUUUGUGGUCAUUGUGAGUGAUUGCUUUUCCCUUUUAUUAGUUUCACAUUCUUCCUUUGUUCUAAAAACUUAGGACUGACAUCUAGCUUUGACAAUCAUAGUAUGUUUUAUUUUCCUGAGGGGGGAAUAACUUAUAAUGCUGUUUAGUUUUUACUAUUGGGUGUGGUGAAUUUUAAAACUGUGUUGCUAACUGCAAUAAAUUAUAUGAACUGAGAA